CAUCUCCGUGCCUGCUUGCGCUCUGCUCUGCCGUCCUCUGCCGCUGGGUCGCUGAUGAUGCCGAGCGGAGCGGGGCGCUUGUACGUUUCUGAGUGCGGCUACAACCGCAGUUACCAAGACUGAAGUCGAAUGAGACGGGAGAGGAGGCUGAAAUACGAUGAUGGAUCGUCCGAGUCGUUUCUCAUCGCUCGGACAGCUGUAACGUCGGCGGACACACGCGUGGAUUCAUCAAAGGGUCGACGUUCAGAGCUUCACUUUGUUUGACAUUCAGCCAGCGACAGAAUGAUCGAGGAAGGCAGUAAACGAGGCAAGGCCAUGGUGGAGAAGAGACAGCUCUUCAUGGAGAUGAGAGCUCAAAACUUUGAUGUAAUCAGACUGUCGACUUAUAGGACCGCCUGCAAACUCCGGUUUGUGCAAAAGAGAUGCAACCUUCAUCUGGUGGAUGUCUGGAACAUGAUCGAAGCGUUUCGCGACAACGGGCUCAACACUUUGGACCACAACGCUGAGAUCAAUGUGUCGCGGCUGGAGACAAUCCUGUCUUCCAUCUACUACCAGCUCAACAAGCGGCUGCCCACCACCCACCAGAUCAACGUGGAGCAGUCCAUCGGGCUGCUGCUCAACUUCAUGGUGGCCACCUACGACAGUGAAAGCCAUGGGAAGCUGACAGUUUUCUCAAUGAAAUCCAUGCUGUCAACAAUGUGUGGAGGGAAAAUUGUGGACAAACUACGCUAUAUUUUCUCACAGAUCUCGGACUCAAGUGGAGUCAUGAUGUUUGCAAAGUUUGAUCAGUUUCUUCGAGAGGUGCUGAAACUCCCCACAGCCGUGUUCGAGGGCCCAUCUUUUGGCUACACGGAGCAUUCUGUGCGGACGUGCUUCCCUCAGCAGAAGAAGAUAAUGCUGAACACGUUUUUGGAUGUGUUGAUGGCAGAUCCUCCCCCUCAAUGCCUCGUAUGGCUACCGCUCAUGCACCGACUUGCUAAUGUUGAAAAUGUCUUCCAUCCGGUGGAAUGUUCAUAUUGCCGGAGCGAGAGCAUGAUGGGUUUCCGGUAUCGGUGCCAACAGUGCCACGGCUACCAGCUCUGCCAGAGCUGCUUCUGGCGUGGCCAUGCCAAUGGUCCCCAUAGCAACCAGCACCAGAUGAAGGAGCACUCUUCCUGGAAGUCUCCGGCCAAAAAGCUGAGCCACGCAAUCAGUAAAUCUCUAGGCUGCGUCCCCAUCGGAGAGCCACCUCAUCCUGUGUUCCCCGAGCAGGCCGAGAGACCACAGGAACUCACCCACACUGUUCAGCCGAAACCAGUGGCCAACAACAUGAACGACACAAUGCUCAUGUCCUCUGGGGCACCUACUCCUACCAAAAGCGUCUUGGAGAGUCCCAGCCGGCUAGAUGAAGAGCACCGCCUCAUCGCUCGAUACGCUGCCCGCCUGGCAGCCGAGGCGGGCAACUCCACACAACAAUGUCCUCCAACAGAUCUGGGCUUCAACUUUGAUGCCAAUAAACAACAGAGACAGCUGAUUGCAGAGCUGGAGAACAAAAACAGGGAGAUCCUCCAGGAGAUCCAGCGGCUUCGUCUGGAGCACGAGCAGGCCUCUCAGCCGACCCCAGAAAAAGCCCAGCAGAACCCCACACUUCUGACUGAACUACGGCUGCUCAGACACAGGAAGGACGAGCUUGAGAGGCGCAUGUCGGCCCUCCAGGAGAGCAGACGGGAGCUGAUGGUGCAGCUGGAGGGACUCAUGAGGCUGCUAAAGGAUGAGGAGCAGAAGCAGGCUUCCCAGUCUGGAGGUUCCCCUCAUUCCUCCCCCAGUCACGGUGCAGGUUGCUCCAUGCCCAUGCCCAUACGCUCCACCUCGGCUGGGUCCACCCCAACUCACACACCACAGGACUGCCUGGCAGGUGUGGGAGGGGACGUGCUUGAGGCCUUUGCUCAGGGUGUACCUAGAAAUCUUCGGAAUGAUCUAUUAGUUGCUGCUGACUCAAUCACAAACACCAUGUCAUCACUGGUGAAAGAGCUCCACUCAGUUGACGAUGUGGGCGUGGAAGAGGAGACAAACAUGAGGAACGGUGGGGACAGAGCUGAAGCAGAAUGAACAACAAAAAGCACAUUGAGAGUACAGAAGCACUGAGGACAAGAGAACACCAUUCCACCCUGUAAGGACAUACGGUCAUCAAUUGGGAAGAAUCCGUAACAACUACAACAACAACAACAACAACAACAACCCCUGGCAUUAGCACGUAGAGUAAUGCAUGCUGUAAUCUAACAGGAUUUCACUAUGUGAAAAAAGUCUCUUCACACCUUGCAGGUAGCAAGAUGUGUCUAAUUAGUGAGUGUGUAUGUUGUCCUGUAAACAAAAACUGCUGUAAUUACCCGAUGAUUUCCCUCAUGACUGCUGAGGAAUGGCUUGCUGUGCUUUCUCCCCCAACGGUUCCACUGCAGCAGCUCAUUUUGUAUAUAAAAUACUGUAAACACAUGACCACGGGGACACCCGACACGAAGGUGACAACAUGUUUCCUGUCAUUGCUUUUGUAUGAUUAGCGCUAGUAAUUUGUUUUCUUUUUUUUCUCUCCUUUUUUUUAAAAUUAUUUUUGCAUGAAGUUGCACUCACGUCUGGAUUUAGGUACUGUACCAUGCUAUGCCAGCUCUCUGUGGGAUUAUGAUGACAGCCGGGGUGUCAGAAGUGUCUUGUCUCACAAUUCACGCUGAGUGUGUUUACUCGCACAUUCAUAUUCGCAAGAAAAAAAACAACAACUCUAAAGUUUGUAAAAGCAGAAUUCUGGAUAUGCUCCAGUUUCAAGGAUUAAGAGUUUGGCAUUUUGGUUAAUACACUUUUUGGCUACUUGCUGAGAGUUAUAUGGUAGUCAUUGCGUUAGAGUUUAAGAGUUAGAUGAUAUUUGUAUGAAGCCUUCACCAGCAGUUAUUUAGUUUAGCUUAGCAUAAAGACUAGAAACAGGGGAAAUUGCUAGCUUUUUCCUGUUUAUUUUGCUUUUGAUAGGUCGACACCGAUUUACUGAUAACUAAAAUGAGGUGGCAUUGAGGGUAACCAGGCAGAGCUGACUUAAAAACACUAACUAAAAAUCUGCAUAGUUUCCUUUUUAGCACGCUCCACUUUUUACCUCAGACUACAAGUUGUUGGACUGUUAAACAUUAAUUACCCUAUAGACCUGACAUGUGUAGCCAGUCAAAAAAAUUCUUGACAUCAUUGACAUCCCUCGUCCAAAAGUAUUAAAAUCCACCUACCAGCACCUCUAAAGCUCACAAAUUAACAUUUUACAUCCUGUUGUUUAAUGUGUACAAAAAAGAAGUGUAAAAUGAGUAAAUUGUAGUUUUACAGGAUGUCAUAUGCUGGGCUAUUUCUUGGCAUCGUAUUUACACAGUGACUUCUCGGAGUCUUGUUGAAAGUGAGAGUGACAGGCUAAACCGCAACUUGUCGUUUUCACGCUUUUUUUUUUAAACAAACAAAUUAAACGAUGGAGAUACAGCCAGACUAGCUCUUUCCACUGGUUUCCAUUCUUUAUGCUAAGCUAAACAAUACGCUGACUGUAGCUUUAUAUUUACUUCCAGAGAGAGUGGGAUUGAUGUUCUCAUACUCUAACUCUCGGCAAGGAAAAAUAGCUGGUAUCCAGAGUAUUGCGUGCUUGUAAACACACCAACUGAGUCACAUAGUGUACUGCUGCUACUGCGCUCUCUGUGAGCCAACAUUGCAAAUAAGAGGGCUGUGCGUUUAAAAGAAACCAAGGGGCUACAACAAACACAACAAUGAACAGAGUCUCAUUGAUUACUCCCUGUGAAAACUUAACAAAACACACCCGACUAGCUGGCAGCCUCAUAUUCAUUGUUUCAAGUGUAGGGAAGCACCUCAGGAUGUUUAAAUUGUAAUGAAUUAGGCACUGAGUUUUAGUUACAAAAUGAACACUUAUACAGUAUGUGUGGAUGUAAGGUCGUAGUGAGCAAGUAGGAUAUGCUUUGAUAGCUUUAUUUAGUUAAUAAAGGAAUACUGAAAAUGUUUAUGUGCAAUGAAGGUAGGUGCUCAGGGACUGCAGAGCUACUAGUAAAAUAUGGUGGUAAAGUCCUUUAACUGCAAGACGUCAUUGGCCACAGACUAAAAGGCUAGAGGUCAAUGAUUAAAAAAAAGAGGGUUUCAUUCCAAAACACAUCCAAUGUUUUUCACAAAUACAAUUUCUUGUGAUUGCAUAAGAUUUACUUGAAACUUCCUAAAGUUGUUCAUUUUACUUUCUACCUCUGCCAAGGAGGUUUUGUUUUUGAUCUUCAGUUUGUUCAAAACAUUCUCAUUCCUAAACACUGAAUAGGUUGACACUCAACACGAUAUAUAUGACCGUUUUAAGCUCAUGAAAGAAAUGGUCGCAGUUUUAAACAUGUGGUAAAUGUUGUGAAAUGGAACUACCUGGUUAGUUCUAUGAAAAUAUCUUGGCUUGGGUUUGAAUUGUGAUAAACUGUUCACUUUCAUUAACAUUGCAACUUAUGGAAUUUGAUCUCGAUUGAGGUCUGCGCUCUCCGAGUGCCCCUCUAGUUUUGGAAUGAAAUUCUUUUAAUAUGUCAACAUAUUCUCAUGAAUGAGUUCGUAUUAUUUCUCGCAAAAAAGAGCUGAUAUCUUCUGGUUGUUGGUUGAUUGGUUGGUCUGUAUUCUCUUGUUUGACGAAAUUGUGUCCUCCAAUUUUUUCCCAACUGAAAACACCAGUUGCUUCUCUGAAAACGCCAAGCUGGGAGCACUAUAGCAUUAGUGCAGUUUAGUGGUGUUUGUAGCAUAGUGUAAAUACGCAGCACACCCAGUGUUGCUCAGUGCACUGUGGCUAAAAGUUAAACUUGAGAUAAUGUGCAGAUUUUUGCUCCCCUCGAACACUCUAUUGGUUGAAGAGUAGGUGUAAUUUCAGUCAACAUGAAGUCAGUUUACUUCUGUUGACUACAGCCCUACUUAUGCAACACUGUUCCUAUGAUAUCCUACGAAAUAACUUUUGCUGUUUUAAACACGUCACGGUCACCGUUUUAAACACUUGGCAAUUGUUUUUUGUAAACAUCUUGGGAACUACUUGGUUAGAUUUAGACACCAGAACUACUUAGUUAAGUUUCAGCAACAAAACAACUUAUUUAAUGUUCAGAAAAAGGGUUUUAAGGCUUAAAAUGUCCGUUUACAUACAGAACUACUGAGGAGAACUAGAGUGAGGAAGUUUCCAACGGGAGUGGGUCAAAGUCCUGUGUUUGUGCCGUUAACCUCCCCUCCUGCCUGCCCUUUGCGUCCGUGGUCUUUUUGCUCUAGAAAUGGACACAAUUUCAUGGGAUAUCCUUGAAAUUCAGUACAUUACUUUAUGUAGGAAUAACUACGAACCGUUCAUGAGAACAGCCUGAAAAUUGAUGAAAACAACAGCAAGUGAUUAAAGUGGUUAAAGAAUGUGGAUCAUUAGGAGAGAAGUUUUUCUAAAGUGCUAUAUGGUGAAGCAUGUUGUUGGAUAUAGUUUGUUUGUGUGUGAAUUUGUGUCUUUCACGGAUAAGCGAAGAGAUCUGUCCAUUAACAGAGGUAGCUGUCCACCAGAGAGGAUGAUCAUUUUGAUCAGGUCCAAGUUACCUUUACAUUGUUUGUCUUCUGGUUCAAUGUUUUUUGUCCUUCAGGGUAGCCAUUCAUCACGAAAAUGAGCAUUGUUUGGUCUUUAGUAAAUGCAAUGUGAUAAAGGUCUGGGAGCCAUAUUAGAGUAAAAUGUUCUGAAAGGAGAUAAAUCUGACUGAAUCGAAGUGAAAAGCAUGAGGUUUUUGUUCUGAGAUCUGUACAGUAAGUCUAUCCUAUAAGCUAGCUAUAAGGUUUCAACAAGCUCUUACACUGUGUCAAGAAAAAGAACAAAAAGAGGCUACUCUGUAAUCGACAUUUUAAAUGUGAUGUUUUUAUUCAGUUCUCUGUUCUGCUCUAUGUUAUCCUUAUUGUUUAGUAUUAGUGGAGUAUAGUCAAUGUAAUGAGUCUGUCAAAACGGAGAUUCAUGUGCACAUUUGCGCUUGCGUAUUCGCCCAAAUGUAAAUGAAUAUGAAGAAAGUGGAAAAACUGAAGUACUGUAAUUUAAAUCUGUGACCACUGCUGUAAAAAUAUUCAGCAGUAAAACACAGAGGUUAAAGCUUAAGGGUUUAAUGUCCUCCCCUUCAUUCUGCCCACACAAAGUUUUUUCGUUCUUUCAGUUUGUGCCUGUAGCUGUUCUGUAAAGUGCUGUAUAAAGUAACCAUUCAGCAAAUAAGAUGAUCUAUCAGCCUUUAUGUCUGUGACUUUGUAGAGAUUUUAUUUAUUUAUUUAACGUGUUCUGGGGGAAACUCAUGCUCAGCCUUUACAUUUGUGCCAAACUGUUUGCAGACAUUGUGUGUCAUACAGAUUACAGGUAUAUAUCAAAGUAUAUCUGCAUUAGUAUGUUGUUGUUGCCCAUAGUUUAUUCACAGAAUGCCUGGAGAUGUUCACAGUUAAUGGUUUCCGCUGGAAAAACUUGCAUUUAAUAAUUAAUAAAGACAAACAACACAUUCCAAAUCUACUGAUAGACUCACUGAUGUCAUUAUAGCCAAUGUGGAGGCAAUACUACUGUAUACCCGUCAGAACAAUGCGGGGUAACGCAAAUAAACUCAGCCGGUCAUACAGAGGUGCAUACAUUGUGAUCCUUUUAUUGUUUGCAGAGAGACAAUGUGCAAAGAGGAAUAACGCUCCCCUGAUGUUAUUUAUCUAUGUAUGUGUUCUGUACGGUUAUGCUUCUGGUACACAUUUGUUUCUCAUGUUAAUUUUACAAAACAUAGUUUUAU